UUGACUCAUCAGUUCAUUCAAGUGUCUUGGAUUACGUACGUGGAUGAAAUGGUUCUUUUAUUGUUUUUCGUUGUUUCAUUCAUUGGUGUCAUAUUAAAUUCAAGCAAAAAAAUGUGGCAUCAUUAUUAUUUCUUUCUAAUAAUCACAUCCACAGUUUUACAAGUGAUUACACAUCCAGAAAAAGAUGAUAGCUCAGUGUCAUCAUCGAACGGUUUUGGAAUUGAUUAUGCUAACAAUCAAUUUUUACUCGAUGGGAGACCGUUUAGAUACGUAUCUGGCAGCUUCCACUAUUUCCGCGCACCACGACAGUACUGGCGAGAUAGACUCAGGAAAAUGAAAGCAGCCGGUCUGAAUGCAGUUUCUACUUACGUCGAGUGGAGUCUACAUCAGCCUGAAGUGGAUACGUGGCAGUGGUCCGGUGAAGCGGAUAUCGUAGAGUUCAUUAAUAUUGCCCAUGAGGAAGAUUUACUAGUUCUCUUACGACCGGGUCCUUACAUAUGUGCUGAAAGAAAUUUGGGUGGUUUACCUCCGUGGCUGAUGUCUCUCAUUCCGGAUAUAAAAAUGCGAACGAACGAUACCCGUUAUAUGCAACACGUCGAAGUCUAUUUACGGGAACUGAUGAUAAAAAUGGUACCGCUACUAAGGGGCAAUGGCGGGCCGAUAAUAAUGAUCCAGAUCGAAAACGAGUAUGGUAGUUUUCACUCUUGUGAUGAAUCUUACAAAGCAAGUUUGUAUAAUAUCAUCAAAGGAUACGUUGAAACUAAAGCACAAUUAUACACGACUGACGGUUCGUCCGUAUCAAUGCUACGGUGUGGCAAGGUCCCUGGGGCUUACGCAACUGUUGACUUUGGAACUACAGGAAACGUUACUUCAAAUUUUGCAAUAAUGCGGCGAAUUGAACCGAAGGGUCCUCUAGUAAACUCCGAAUUUUAUCCAGGUUGGUUGACUCAUUGGGAAGAACCUUUCCAAAGAGUGAAAACAGCUAACGUGGUACGUGUCCUUGAUGAGAUGCUCGCUGUAGGGGCUUCAGUGAACAUAUAUAUGUUUUACGGAGGGACAAAUUUCGGAUUCACAUCAGGUGCAAAUGGGCCCUUGAACUACAGUCCUCAACUAACAUCGUACGAUUACGAUGCACCACUUACUGAAGCGGGAGAUCCAACAGAUAAAUACUUCGCUAUUCGCGAUGUAAUAAGAAAGUAUCUCCCGUUACCAAAUGUUUCCAUGCCGAUUGUCGCAUCAAAAGGAGAUUACGGUCCGGUUAUUUUGCAACCAAUUGCAAAAUUGUUCGAUUCAAUUGCCAGAAAAACUUUGAGCACAGUGAGUGGAAACUACAGGAAUACACCUACAUUUGAAGAACUUGGAAUCGCUCACCAUCUCGUGUUGUACGAAACUUUUCUACCAAACACCGAACGUAAUCCUGCAGUUCUCUAUGCCUAUACAAUGGAUCGAGGUCUAGUUUACUUAGAUUCACAACUUGUUGGAACAACAUCCCGUAUUCAUGAAAAAUAUACAGUAUCCCUCAAGGAACCUUCCGGAAAACGGCUUCAGAUUCUCGUUGAGAAUCAAGGUCAUUUAAAUUUUGGCAAUGUUACAGAAGAUUGGAAGGGCUUGCUGCGUGUAACGCUGGAUGACUCACCGCUGUUUUCAUGGAAUGUUACAGGGUUCGAAUUGAAAGACAUUGAACCACUGACGUUUUUGAAUAAUAGUAUUGUAGUAGAUACAGGCAUUGCUAAAACAAGUCCAAUAUUUCUGUCUGGUAAUUUUAAUGUUAGUGGCAAACCUUUGGAUACGUAUCUCGAUACUACUGGUUGGGGAAAAGGCAUCGCUUACGUAAACGGUUAUAAUCUUGGUAGAUAUUGGCCCCUCGCUGGUCCCCAAAUGACCCUUUAUGUGCCUUCCGCUUACUUAAAGAGCGGUUGUAAUGAACUUGUUGUAUUGGAACAAGAUUUCAUUCCAACAACAAAGAGAAUGAAGUUUCAGGAUACGGCCAAUAUUGGAUAAUAUUUUUAUUCGGAUAUGAGAACGGACGCACGUACCGUAAGUCUGCUGUAAAAAAAAAAAUAAUAUAACUACAUAGAAGCAAUGAAAAAGCCAUUGAAUAAAUAAAAACCUUAAAAGUA